AUGGUGGCUUUGAAGAAGCUUUUUCAAGCUGAGCGGGCGCCAUCGCGCCCAUCAACCGGUCUUGGGCUCAAUGGAAUGGAGUCGGAUGAACCAUACUUUGGCACCAUUGAAACACCCACUCGAAGCAAGUUUCAAAGCCUUUUGUCUGCCGCUCCUCCGUCGCCAGCACUGCCAUCGCCAGGUUUGAGAGCAUUCCAAGCACAUGAUGUAGCACAUCAUUUCGAUCAGAUCGAGAAACAGUUCGAGGAUCUACAUCAGCAUCUAAGUGAACGACCGACAUCUUCUCAAUCGCAGUUCCCGCCACCCGUACCGGGUCUCUCUGUUCGCAAGGAUCCCAAUGCUCGACACAUCGAUCUAAUGGAAGCUAUUGCUCCCCCAGAGCAAGCCAUCGACAGCGAUUCCCCAGUCGCAUCGCCUCCCACCAGUCCAUAUAACGAAGAUGUUGCAGAACGAAACAUGACCAGGUUCCUUCGCAUUCAGUAUCGCAGUGGACGUGCAAGCUGCCGGAUAUUUUCCGCCCUGUAUCAAGAGGAUGUUGCGGACAGAAACAUUGCAAAAUAUAAUAACGCAUCGCGCUCACUUUCGUCAUUAAGCUGUCGCUCUUCUCCUCCCGCGCCUGGGAGGGUACGCAACCUGAGCCCCGAUGGUCAAAGAAAACGCAAUCCCAGAAAGUCCAAUUGGACAUCGGAUGGCGAUUUGCGUGCUCGGUCUGCCUCUCCGGAUAGUACCUCUGGUACUUCGUCGCGAAAUUCACAGGCGGGCAGCUUGCUUCGCCAACAAAGAUCAGCGCCUAGUCUGUCCCCCGACGAGGAUGGAGAAGAGGCACCACCUCCCGUGAUCCAGCGUUUGGGCGUCCCUCCUGCGCACAAGCAGGGCAAGCGAUGGAGCAAUACUCCAUUGCCAGAUAGCCCCACACUGCCUACUCCCAUGAGUGACGGCGGCAGUGGCAGCGAGAACCGCCCGGAGAGCUCUCCAACGCCUAGGGCCCCAGUCACAACAACCCGAAGCUCAUCCUUGACUGCAAGGUCAUUAUCUCCUCCUCCUUCAUCAGGUUCAACUUCUCGAAAGAACGUGCGAGAUCUAUCCAUCAAUACGGAGCUAGCCGUCCAAGGUCGGCCGAAGAUCGUGCACCGCGCCAUUCAACCCCCAACGCCCUCGACUCUUGAGAUGAAGCGGGCCCCGAGUAUUGCAGAGGUUAUGCAUAGUCCUUUGCCCGCGCCAAGCCCUUCACAACCCUCCCCUCGGUUCAAGGUAUCGGAGAUGAUGGACUUGUUCAACAAAGCCUACAUGUCUACACAGGCCAUCAGCCCCCAUCCUACGUAUGAGAGUUUGCAGGAUGCCAUUGUCCGCGAAAUCAAUUCUCACGAGGCGUUCAAGAAAGUCCCCGUUCCUGACGCUGGUCCCCCAUUCACUCCUUCUCCGACUCAUGAAACAUUUGAUAACCGUCCCCGGUCCGCACGCCCUGGAUUGAGCCGCAGUGCCUCUGCCGGGUCAAUCUCCAAAAUCAUGAGAAAAGGCUCCUUCAGAAAGCACAAGCGAAAUGCCGACUCUCGCCAGAGCAUCUCUACAAGCAUUUUCCGCAAAGCCUCUCCUUCUCCAUCUCGCCGGCGACACACCGAUGCCCCAGCUCCCUCCCCAGGUCUCCUUGCCGACAUCGAAAAAUCACAGGAAACUGCCUCCCCAGAGCAACUGACAUACAUGGAUGUCCUAUACCGUGCUAGCAACGACAAGCCUGGCACUUCCAGCUCUAAAAGCCCUCAGCCAUCGCGGAAGCGCGGACGUUCGGAUUCGACCUCCAAUCUCUCUGCCAUCAUCCGUGCCAACAACUCAGACAGACCCCAUACCCCAGGUCCCCUUGGUACCAUCUAUUGCAUGAAGGCACACUCGAAUUCUUCCAAGGACAGCCAGGGUAGUGGCUCGUUUGAAGAGAGUGACGACGAUAUUAUCCACCUCCCCAGCGUUGUUGCACCUCCCCCGCGUGUGCAGAUCGACGCUGUCGAUGAUAACAACGUGCGCUACGUGAUUGACUCCGCUACUGCUACCGAUGCGCAAAGACUCAUUAACUGGCCCCAUCGCUCUCGCCGCAACAAGUCUCCUGCACCCACCUCGGCGCCUUGUGAGAACAGCCUGUCCCCGCUGUCCCGUGCUCGAAUGCAGAUUCGUGGCGCUCGCUCCGUCGAGACCUACUGA